AUGCCAUGUUUAAAAUGGCAAAAACAACAUUGUAAAGAUUUAGCAAAGAAAAGAAAACUCGAAAGUAAGAAAAGUUAUGAUAUCUCCAAUGAUAUUUUAAAUUCAGAUGAUGAAGAUAGCACAGAGGAUGAAAUUGAAUGGAUUGAUGAUCAAAUUGAGAAUGAGGCAGAAUGCCUUUUUUCAGUUUUAAUCAAAAAUAUAAAGGUGUUAAACUUAUCCAACUCUGGUAGUGGUUCUGGUGGUAGUUUUAGUGGUGAUUCUGUUGGUAGCUCUAAUGAUAAUUCUGAUGAUAAUUCUGGUGGUUAUUCUAGUAGUAGAUUAGGCAGUAAUCCUAAUAUUAAUUCUGAUAUCAGUUCAUAUGAUAAUUUGGGUGAUAUAAAAAAUAUACAAGCAUUUAUUGAUACAAUUGAAAACAAAUUAAAAUCUGAAAAUGAGCACUUAACUUCAGAAUAUAAAAUCUGA